CCCCGCGGUGGAGGGGCGAGCCCCGGGGCCCGCCGCAGCGACUUCCUCCAGAAGACCGGCAGCAACUCCUUCACCGUUCACCCCCGGGGUCUGCAUCGCGGUGCGGAUGCCCACCUGCUCUCCAACGGGCCCUCGGCCCCGGAGCCCCGGGCCGGCCCUGCCAACCGCCUCGCGGGCUCCCCGCCUGGGUCGGGACAGUGGAAGCCAAAGGUGGAGUCGGGGGAUCCCUCCCCCCCCCCCCCCCCCAGCCCUGGGACCCCGAGUGCCACUCCAGCCUCGCCCCCUGCCAGUGCCACUCCUAGCCAGCGCCAGUGCGUCUCCGCAGCCACCAGCGCCAACGACUCCUUCGAGAUUCGGCCGGCCCCCAAGCCAGAUAUGGAGACCAUCCCCUCGGGGGACCUCCAGGCCCGGGCGCUGGCCAGCCUCCGCGCAAACUCUCGAAAUUCCUUCAUGUUCAUCCCCAAGAGCAAGGCCUCCGGGGCCCCUCCUCCUGAGGGGGCGCAGUCCGUGGAGCUGCCAAAGGGAGACGUGGGCCCGGCCUCCCCGAGCCAGGAGCUCGGAUCCCAGCCGGUGCCUGGAGGGGAUGGUGUGCCUGCCCAAGGGAAGAGCCCCGUGGAGGUCCAGGCACAGUGGGCAGUCGAGGAGGGGGCCUGUCCCAGGACAGCCACCGCCCUCGCUGACCGGGCCAUCAGGUGGCAGAGGCCGUCCUCACCACCCCCCUUCCUGCCGGCUGCUGCAGAAGAAGCUGAGCCUGCUGAGGGCCUCGGGGUUCCUGACUUGGACAAGAAUAGCCAGGAAUACGGGAAGCCGGGGCUGCCUGUCACCUUCAUCGAUGAGGUAGACUGGGAGGAGGAGGCCCCCCAAGAAGCCAAACUACCCUGCUCCCUGCGUCCUGCCAGGCCCGGGUGCGUGGCAGAGCUUCAGCCCCGGGGCAGCAACACCUUCACAGUGGUGCCCAAGAGGAAGCCAGGGGCCCUGCAGGGCCAGAACUUCAGUCAGGCCAAUGGGGAGCCCCGGCCACAGGAGGCCGAGGAGGAGAAGGCUGGUUGCCUCCUGGGGCCCACGCUGAAGAAGCGCUACCCCACCGUGCAUGAGAUCGAAGUGAUUGGUGGCUAUCUGGCCCUGCAGAAGUCCUGCCUCACCAAGGCUGGCUCCUCAAGAAAGAAGGUCAGUGGUGGGGGCAGGGCCACUGGCCAGGAGGGAGAGAGUGACAGCUCGCAGAACUGUGUGGGCAGCACCUGCCCUGAUCCCAGGACGCUUGGCCUGGGCGAAGGAUGGUUUCUAUAUGGACUCGAGGCGAGCUGGGGCUGG